AUGGUGCGCUUCACACAACCAGCCACUGUACCUCAAACCUUUGUAGGGAUCCACAGUGCCCGGUAUUGCCAACACAGCGACGCCCAAGCUGCAGAGGCUGGCCCGGUCGCCCGGCGGCCACGAAUGGAGGCCCCCGCGAUCACGACCACGAUCGACGAGGCGCCCACGACGACCGACGCGUUCGACUGGGCGUCGACCAACUUGUCCAAAUUCGAGCCCAAGGAGGCGCCGCUCUCGCACACGCAGGACGAAUGGGAGAUCGUGCUGCUCCUCGACCACCGCGAGAUGGUGUCCCGCAGCAACAAAUCGGUGUUUGAGCGCAAACUGCUCGAGGCCGGCGUCACGUGCGAAGUCCGCGGCCUCCACCUCGGCGACAUGAUGUGGAUCGCGCGCCGCCACCGCCCCACCUUUGGUGGCCGCGCCAUCGAGGAAGAGUUUGUCCUCGAUGUGAUCGUCGAGCGCAAGGCCGUCUCGGAUCUCGCCUUGAGUAUCAUCGACAAGCGCUACACGGAGCAAAAGCAGCGGCUCGCGGACGCCGGCCUGCGCUACGUGGUGUACCUUCUCGAAGGCUCGCUUGCGGUCGAGACCAUCUUGGGGGCCACUGCCCUCGCGACCGCCCUGACCCGCACACAAGUGCUCAACAACUAUCUGGUGCACCACGCGGCGUCGCCCGACGAGACCGUCGCGUUCUUAUCGGCUCUGCACUGGCACACGGUGCGCGCCUUUAGCGCCGUUUACAAGGUCCGCAACGCCGCGCCGCCGACCGCCGCGUCGAUUGGUCGCCUGCCUGCGUGCCUUCGCGACUUUACGCAACUCAUUCCAACAACGUGGCAGUCGUUUGGCGAGUUCAACGAGACGUUCCGCAAGAAGGCGGCGCCGACGACUGGCGAGCUGUACCAGAUGAUGCUCAUGCAGGUGCCUGGCAUUAGUGCGACCCGCGCCCGCGACCUCGGCGCCGCGCACCCGACGUUUCUGAGUUUGUGGCAAGAGACGCAAAAGGCAGCGCCGCAGCUUCCAUCGCGCGUCAACGCGGUGGGUCGCGCGGUCGUCACCAACCUCUUUCGUGCGAAAGACUAUGCAGCACCGUAGAUAAAAGUCUUACCCUAAACUCGUCGAAUAUUAUUAGCUGUCACA